AUGCCGCGGGUGCUUGUGCUGCUGGUCGUGCCAGAGCCUAAGGGAGGCUUGCCGAGGUGUCAAGCGCGACCUUCCCCGAAGUACUUCGGCGAUGGUGACAAGGCCAAGUAUGCCACCUGCGCCUUCGAUGUAUGGGGUGCCAUCGAUAGUCUAGGCUUCGCUUCCCUGGGGAUCAACGCGGCCUCCAAGGAGUGUGUGCACCAGGACACGGACGAGUCGAAGACUGUUUGCACCGCCGCGGUGUCAGGCGUUCACGCUUGCUUCGCAGAUGUGGCUUCGUUUUUGGCCUCCGCGGCUUCCGACUGCGCGGAGCACUUGAACAACCCGGCGUACUGCGCCGCAGAUUCUUCCGGCUUGGUGUCUGCACUCGCCAACAUCGCAGUGGCGGGGGCAGGGAUGCACGCCGUGUGCGACAAGUCCAAGGGCAGGGUGUCCAUCUUAGACGAGAUCGGCUUGGUGGACAACCGCCGAUUGCAGGACAACUCCACGUUGAGGGGUCGCGAGUUUCUUCAAUUGCCGGGCUCCCCAGCAGCUCGCCAGGAGGCUGACGCGGAACUCAUCGCGAAGAUCAAGCAUCACCGGGCGAACUCUGACGCGCGCAAAGCGGAGAUCGCGGAGUGCUUCUUCGACGCGCACUUCUCUGGGCAGCUCCUGGGCCGAGCCGGGCUUGCCAUCAACGCGGCAGCCCAGGACUGCACUGACUUCAACUUCAAGAUCAACGGCGCGGGUGGCCAGAAGGUGUGCGCGGUGGAUUUGGGAGGCGCGCUGGGCAGCUGA